AUGCCUUACAACAAUGCGCCAAUCGAACCACCAGAGGAGAUCACCGGCACAUCUGUGCUGCCUCUUGCGAGAGUGAAGAAAAUCAUAGCGAUGGACGAUGAUAUCGCGCAAUGUUCGACUACAGCAGCCUUUGCAAUCUCAGUGGCGACAGAGAACUUCAUACGAUAUCUAGCUGAGCAGUCAUACAACGUGGUCAAGUCAGAACGGAAACCACGGAAAACUCUAGCAUAUAAAGACAUUGCGACCGCGAUCUCGAGAAUCGACAAUCUUGAGUUUUUGUCAGACACGGUCCCAAAGACCAAAACUUAUCGCCAGUUUCGAGAAGAAAAAGCCCAAGAGGCGGCAGCAAAAGCUGCUUCGGCUGCCGGAGCUACAUCUAAUGCCGCCAACGGAGACAGUAGUACGCUGUCGAUAGAUACCAUGAUGAAGAACCAGAGUUUAAAUGGCACGAACGGUGUCAAUGGUUCGGCGCACAAUAUCACUGGUAGUCCAAUUGCUCACAGAUCAGCACAUUCGAGAAAUCACAGUCACCAUGACCCUAUUCGAGAUAUCGAGAUGACUGAAUGA